AUUAUUAAACUGUAAGUAUAAUUGUUUUCAUGUUAUUUAUAUUAUGUAUCUAAGCAGAAAAAAUCAUAGCAUUAAAGAUUAACGGCAAAAUUUUGAAUCAAACAAUCCGCGAAAAGGACAAAUAUACUUUAUAACAAAACAAAAUGGCCCCUAAGCAGAGAAUGCGUAUCGCCAACGAGAUCGCCAGUAAAAACAUCACAAUGAGGGGGAAUGUACCCAAAACUACUAAGGAAAAAGAAGACCAAUAUCCUGUGGCACCCUGGCUCCUUGCUCUCUUCAUCUUCGUAGUGUGUGGCUCUGCUGUGUUCCAGAUAAUCCAAUCAAUAAGACUAGCUUAAAUCACGAAGACAACUGGAGAACUGCUAUCGAAAACACAAUAAAAUAACAACACUAUCCAUCUAAAGUUAAGGCACAAUUUACACCAGCAUCUCUUCAUCGACAUGAGAGAGAGUGUUUUCGGAGGCGGCCAUUAGUACCUUUAACUGUGCAAUCGUGGCUUGAUGUCUCUUUCACACUUACAGGGUUAAAACGGGACGCCGAUACAUAAGGUUAUUAGGGACGUUGAGGUAUCGGUUGUAGAAUUUUCGAUGAAUUUUUGUCUCUUUUUCAAUAUAAUUUUUAAAGACAACUCAAGCCACAAAUUCCAUUAAAAUGUAAUGAAUAAAGUAAUCGUUUUUUUUUAUUUGAAUAUUUUUUCUAUUUUCUCAUAAUUAUGUGUGCGACUGAGUGAAUUUCAUAGAUGACCAGGGAAAUCCAGUUCAUAAUCCCAAAAUGUCAAUGUUUCCAUAUAUUCUUGUAUAAUGUAAAAUAAUUAAUAUUUAAGAGCAUUUAAUAAAUGUCAAAAAAAAUUCAUUCCCUUAAUCGAUUGUAGAUUUGAAAAAAAAAACGCACAAUGUCCAUAAUCUAUGGUCACUGGUGUAUUUUAAAUGAUUAAAAUGAAAUUAUUCAUUUUCACGUCACUAACGAAAUAGUAGAUCAUAUUUUGUUUUGUUUAAUUUUAAUAAUGUAAUUUAUUUGAAUGAAAUACAGUAUAUUUGUCAAAUUA